AAUACAGACCAAACAGCACGUCAGCGCCAUAGCUGACGCGUAUCACAAAUCUGAUAAAAGAAAACGAGAAAGCGGACGAAGCACACGCACAUGCGGGUCUUCGCUCUCGUCGAACCACACAGCGGAGAAGAGGGGCAAAGCACGCCCCGGCGACACACCGGCCUCCUUGCACCGGGGCACCAGUCCAUUUCACGGCCAUGGACUCGCUGCUCGCGCUGUCGCUCCUCCUCCUAGCACUCUACCUCGCGCGCCGCGCCCUGCUCGGCAACAAGGGACGGAAGAACUACCCGCCCAUCGCCGGCACCGUGCUCCACCAGCUGCUCAACUUCGGCCGCCUGGUGGAGUACCAGACGGAGCUCUCCCGCAAGCACCGCACCUACCGCAUGCUCACCCCGACCUGCAGCUACGUCUACACCGUGGAGCCGGCCAACGUGGAGCACAUCCUCCGGACCAACUUCGCCAACUACGGCAAGGGCGCCAUGACCCACGACGUGCUGGAGGACCUCCUGGGAGACGGCAUCUUCAACGUCGACGGCGCCAAGUGGCGGCACCAGCGGAAGGCCGCCAGCUUCGAGUUCUCCACCCGCGUGCUCCGCGAGUACAGCACCGGCGUGUUCCGGGACACGGCCGCCGAGCUCGCGGGCAUCGUGGCCGUGGCGGCGGCGCGCGGGGAACGGGCCGUGGACAUGCAGGAUCUGCUGAUGCGGUCCACGCUGGACUCGAUCUUCCAGAUCGGGUUCGGGGUCAGGCUGGGCGCGCUGUCCGGGUCCAACGAGGAGGGCGCGGCGUUCGCCAGGGCGUUCGACGACGCCAGCGAGCAGGUGCUGUACCGCUUCUUCGACCUGCUCUGGAAGGCCAAGCGACUCCUCAACGUCUCGUCGGAGGCGGCCAUGAAGCGGUCCGUCCGCACCAUCAAUGACUUCGUCUACGCUGUCAUCGACAAGAAGAUCGAGCAGAUGGCCAGAGAUCAGCACGAAUUCGCCAAGAAAGAGGACAUACUGUCGAGAUUCCUUCUGGAGAGGGAGAAAGACCCGGGCUGCUUCGACAACAAGUACCUGCGGGACAUCAUACUGAACUUCGUGAUCGCCGGCCGCGACACGUCGGCGGGGACGCUGUCGUGGUUCCUCUACGUGCUGUGCAACAACCAGCACAUCCAGGACAAGGUCGCCAGGGAAGUGCGGGAGGCCACCGGCACCGGCGACAGUGACGCCGCUCCCGCCGGCGUCCAAGAGUUCAUCGAGUGUCUAGACGAAGACGCCAUCAGCAAAAUGCAGUACCUCCACGCAGCUCUGACAGAGACCCUCCGGCUGUACCCGGCGGUGCCCAUCGAUGUGAAGUACUGCUUCUCCGAUGACACGCUGCCGGACGGGCACGCCAUCAGGAAAGGGGACAUGGUGAACUACCAGCCGUACCCCAUGGGCAGGAUGAAGUUCCUGUGGGGGGACGACGCCGAGGAGUUCAGGCCGGAGAGGUGGCUCGACGACGACGGAGCGUUCGUCCCCGAGAGCCCCUACAAGUUCACGGCUUUCCAGGCGGGGCCUCGCAUCUGCUUGGGAAAGGAGUUCGCGUACAGGCAGAUGAAGAUAUUUGCGGCUGUUCUUCUCUACCUGUUCCGGUUUGAGAUGUGGGAACGUAACUCCACGAUGGGUUUCCGGCCCAUGCUCACGCUCAAAAUGGAUGGCCCGCUCAACGUCCGUGUGUUACCCCGGCGACCAAGUGGGCAGCUUGCUUGAUACACGAUAACACGAAGAAGCCAGAAGUCAAAAGUGUGCGCAUGUUCUAGUAACCAAUUCUGUGUAGCUUCGAUAAUGUAAGAACCUGUAUACACAAUUCUGCCGCUUUCCAUGACUGUUGAUACUACGGUCCUGUAAUUGUACAUAUUGUGUACUCUUUUUUCUCAAGUACUAAAUCCGUUUCAUAAUUCUUGUCUCAAAAUUGACCAAAAAUAAAUGUAUUUAUUUUUAAAA